AUGGAUUACAGCUCCCUCAGCGGGGUCCCGCGCUUCCUGACCCGGCCCAAGGCCUUCAUGGUGUCUGUUGGGAAGGAUGCCACGCUGAGCUGCCAGAUCGUUGGAAACCCCAUCCCAGUGGUGAGCUGGGAGAAGGAUAAACUUCCAGUGCAGUCUGGGGGAAGGUUUAAAACCACAGAGGAUGGGGAUUUGUACCGGCUAACCAUCUACGACCUGAGCCUGGAGGACAGCGGCCAGUACAUCUGCCGGGCCAAGAACACCAUCGGGGAGGCCUUUGCUGCUGUCAGCAUCAAGGUGGGAGAGGAGACCACGGUCACAGAGUCGGCUCCUUACUUCAUCCAGAAACCUACCAACAUCAAAGUAACCCUGGGAGAAGACGUCAUGUUCAAAUGCAAAGUCCAGGGCAGCCCUCCCCUCUCGGUGAACUGGGAGAAGGACGGGCGAUACCUGAGGAACAAAGCGGACGCUGGGCGCUUCCAGAUCGAGUCUGCUGGCGAGUCCAACGCUCUCACCAUCCAGUGUGCCCAGCUGGGGGACAGUGGCACCUACACGUGCCGGGCAGAGAACCUCAUCGGCUCCGCCAGCGCCUCGGCCGCGCUGGUGGUGGAAACGCGCGGCUCCUCCAACCCCGACAGCGGCGGCAAGACGGCCUCCUUGCUGUCCCACCUGCAGAAGAGGCGAGAGGAGAUCAGGAAGAUGGACAUCUCCCACAGCACUCUGGACUCUGCCUACUCGGCCGUGGAGGGGCUGUCCAGCCUGGGCUACGGCCUGUCCCGGGACUACGAGCGGGCGGCGGGCCUGGCCAAGGGCACGCGCAACGCCGCGCUCGGGGCCCUGACACGCACCUGCAGCGUGACCGAGGGCAAGCACGCCAAGCUCAGCUGCUACGUGACAGGAGAGCCCAAGCCCGUGAUUGUGUGGAAGAAGGACAACGAGGUCAUUGUGGAAGGCCGGAGGCACGUUAUCUAUGAGGAUGACCAGGAGAACUUUGUGCUGAAGAUCCUCUUCUGCAAGCAGACGGACAACGGGCUGUACACCUGCACGGCCUCCAACCUGGCGGGGCAGACCUACAGCUCUGUGCUGGUCACUGUCAAAGAACCCACCAUACCCUUCAAGGCAAAGCUGAAGGACCUCGAGGUGCGGGAGAAGGAAUCUGCCACGUUCCAGUGCGAGGUGCCCGUGGCUGGGACAGAGACAGCCUGGUUCAAAGAGGAGACCAAGCUGCAGCAGAGCAAGAAGUACAACAUCGAGGAGGAGGGCACCUACCGCCGCCUCACCGUGCAGAACGUCACCACGGAUGAUGAUGCUGUUUACAUCUGCGAGAUGAAGGAAGGGAGCAGGACCAUUGCAGAGCUCUCUGUCCAAGGGAACAUCAUUAAAAAACUCCCACGGAAAACUGCUGUCUUCAUCAAGGACACAGCCACCUUCUGCGUGGAGCUGGACAACGACUGCCAGAACGUCAGGUGGCUGAAGAACAGAGAGGAAGUGAAGCCCAGCGACCGCAUCUCCAUCACGCGCUCUGGCAAACAGCACACCAUGACCAUCCGGGAGUGCAAGGUGGAGGAUGCUGGGGAGAUUGCCUUCCUGGCUGAUGAAAGCAGGACUUCCACCCAGUUCACUGUGACCACUCCCAAGAAACCUCCCACCCAACCUCCCUCUGACCCUGUGGUGAAAAAUAAAACAGAAACCUCAGUGAUGCUGGCGUGGUCCCCUCCGAGGAUGGAGCGGCCCAUCCCGGUGGACGGCUACAUCGUGGAGCGCAAGAAGCUCACCGGCUUCACCUGGGUCAGGUGCCACGAGUCCCACGUGCCCAGCCCCGAGCUCACGGUCAGCAACCUGCCAGAGGAGGCUGACUACCAGUUCAGAGUGUCUGCUGUCAAUGCCUACGGACAGAGCCCCUACCUGGAGUUCCCUGGGAGCCUGCACCUUGAACCCGUCCUGGCUGUGAAGAACCCCCUGACAACAGCCGAAGUUGCACCUGGAGGGGAUGCCCUGUUCACUGUUGACCUGACCAAGACAUGUUCUGGCACUUGGUACCUGAAUGGCAAAGUCUUACAGGAAAGUGAGACCCACAUCAUCAACAGAACCCAAACCACUCACACCCUGGUCAUUAAAAAUGUCACCAGGAAAGAUGAUGGGACAGAAGUGAAAUUUGUUGCCAAUGACGUUGAGACCAGCACCAAGAUGAGAGUGAGAGGAGCUGCAGUGAGAUUCACCAACAAGACCAAAGACAUAGAAAAAGUCUCAGCUCGGCUGAGGGAGGAAGCCAAACUCCAGGCUGAGCUUUCAGACACAGAGGCCACUGUGAAGUGGAUGAAAGAUGGGAAGGAGCUCAAGGCCAGUGACAAAUACGAGUUCCAAACCGUGGGGAAGAGGCACAUCCUGAAAAUCCGCAGCACUGCUGAGGAGGACGCUGGAGUCUACGAGUGUGUCUGUGAGGGGGAUAAAAUGGUUUAUCAGCUCUCAGUGAAAGCACUUGCAAACUUUGUGAACAAAGAGAAAACUGGAGGGGUUGUCAAGGCCGUUGCUGGGAAACGGGCUGAGCUUGUGUCUGAGACCUCUGAGGCCAACAUCAUGGUGAGGUGGUACAAAGAUGGGAAGGAGAUCACAGCCAGCAAGAAAUUCACCGUGGAAGACAAAGGAAAGCUGCACAAGCUUGUGGCUUUGGCCGUGACAAAGGAAGAUGAAGGAACUUACACCUGCAAAAUCGGGGAUGACACCCUGACUUUUGAUUUAAAAGUCUCAGAUGAAGCUGUUACUUUUGUCAACAAGCCCAAAACGACUCCAGAGGUGUCAGUCAGUCCUUCUGAGAGCCUGGAGCUGGUGUGUGAGGUGUCAGCUGCUGGUGGGGCCGUGGUGUGGAGGAAGGAUCAGACUGAGGUGAAGCAGGACCAGAGGACAACAAUCGUCUGCCAGGGGACACAACGCAAGCUCAUCGUCAAGAAGGUGACACAGCAAGACCAAGGCAGCUACACCUGUGAGACAAAGGAUGACAGAACAACAUUCCAAGUCAAAGUCAGAGAGACAGAGGCUGUGUUUACAAACAAGGAGAAGGUGCAGAAAGAGGUGAAGGCUGCACUGUCAGAAAAUGCCACGCUGAGCUGCGAGGUGGCCCAGGAGAAAACAGAGGUGAAGUGGUACAAGGACGGGAAACUGAUCAGCUCCAGCAAGAAGUUCAAGGUGGAGUCGGAGGGCAAAUCGCGUCGCCUGGUGGUGGGUCAGGUGGAGAAGAAAGAUGCAGGGGAGUACACCUGUGAGGCUGCUGGCCAAAAACUCACCUUCAGGAUCGAUGUCACAGAAGCAGAGGAUGCAUUUAUCAACAAGGACAAAGUGAAGAAAGAGGUGAAGGCUGCACUGUCAGAAAAUGCCACGCUGAGCUGCGAGGUGGCCCAGGAGAAAACAGAGGUGAAGUGGUACAAGGACGGGAAACUGAUCACCUCCAGCAAGAAGUUCAAGGUGGAGUCGGAGGGCAAAUCGCGUCGCCUGGUGGUGGGUCAGGUGGAGAAGAAAGAUGCAGGGGAGUACACCUGUGAGGCUGCUGGCCAAAAACUCACCUUCAGGAUCAGUGUCACAGAGGCAGAAGAUGCCUUUAUCCACAAGGAGAAGGUGCAGAAAGAGGUGAAGGCUGCACUGUCAGAAAAUGCCACGCUGAGCUGCGAGGUGGCCCAGGAGAAAACAGAGGUGAAGUGGUACAAGGAUGGGAAACUGAUCAGCUCCAGCAAGAAGUUCAAGGUGGAGUCGGAGGGCAAAUCGCGUCGCCUGGUGGUGGGUCAGGUGGAGAAGAAAGAUGCAGGGGAGUACACCUGUGAGGCUGCUGGCCAAAAACUCACCUUCAGGGUUGAUGUCAAAGAGGCAGAAGAUGCUUUUGUCCACAAGGAGAAGGUGCAGAAAGAGGUGAAGGCUGCACUGUCAGAAAAUGCCACGCUGAGCUGCGAGGUGGCCCAGGAGAAAACAGAGGUGAAGUGGUACAAGGACGGGAAACUGAUCAGCUCCAGCAAGAAGUUCAAGGUGGAGUCGGAGGGCAAAUCGCGUUGCCUGGUGGUGGGUCAGGUGGAGAAGAAAGAUGCAGGGGAGUACACCUGUGAGGCUGCUGGCCAAAAACUCACCUUCAGGAUUGAUGUCCCAGAGCCAGAAGCUGUGUUUGCAAACAAGGAGAAGGUGCAGAAAGAGGUGAAGGCUGCACUGUCAGAAAAUGCCACGCUGAGCUGCGAGGUGGCCCAGGAGAAAACAGAGGUGAAGUGGUACAAGGACGGGAAACUGAUCAGCUCCAGCAAGAAGUUCAAGGUGGAGUCGGAGGGCAAAUCGCGUCGCCUGGUGGUGGGUCAGGUGGAGAAGAAAGAUGCAGGGGAGUACACCUGUGAGGCUGCUGGCCAAAAACUCACCUUCAGGAUCGAUGUCACAGAGCCCAAACCUGCAUUUAUAAACCAGGAAAAGGUCCAGAAGGAGGUGAAGGCUGUCCUGACAGAAAGUGCCACCCUCAUGUGCGAGGUAGCCCAGGACACAACUGAAGUGAAGUGGUACAAGGAUGGAAAACUGCUCGUGUCCUCUCGGAAAUUCAAAAUAGAGACCUUGGGCAAAUCCCGGCGCCUGGUGGUGGGGCAGCUGGAGAAGAAGGAUGCUGGGGAAUACAUAUGUGAGGCUGCAGGCCAGAAAAUGACCUUCAAACUGGAAGCAACUGAACCAGAGGCUAAAUUUGAAAAGAAAGUUGUCCAGAAAGAGCCUCUCAUUGUUCAAGAACACGAAAGCAUCACCCUGACAACCUCAGUGACGCCUGAAACCGCUGCAGUGAGGUGGUUCAAGGACGGCACAGAAAUCAAGGCGAGCAAGAAAUGUGUGAUCAAAAGUGAGGGGGCCUCCAGGACGCUGACAGUGAACGCAGCUGAGAGCACAGACUCUGCCCUCUACACCUGCCAGACAAAGGAUGACAAGCAGGAAUUCAGGGUCCAGGUGAAAGAAAUCCCGGUGAAGUUUGCCAAGAAGCUGGAGGCCGGGAAAGCCGAGCUCGGUGGCAGCGUGUCCCUGAGCUGUGAGCUGAGCCACGCCAAGGGGAAGGUGACGUGGAGCAGGAAUGGCGUGGAGAUCAAGGCCAGCAAGCGUUUCCAGAUCCGUGAGGAGGGAACCAAACGGAUCCUGACCAUAACGGGGAUCCGGGCUGAGGACGAGGGAGAAUAUUCCUGCGAGUCCAGGGAUGACAAGAGCAGCAUCACCAUCGUCCCCAAACCUCCCAGAGUGGUGAAAUUUGUCACAAGUCUCAACAGUGUGGUGUCUGAGGAGGGAAAAGAGGCCGUGUUCAAGUGCACCGUCUCCCCUAGUGAUGCUGUGGUCACCUGGCUCAGGAAUGGCGCCAAGAUUGAAGCCAGCAAGAAAUACGUGAUCUCUCAGAAGGACACCAACCACAGCCUCACCAUCACUGACCUGACUCUGGAGGAUGCAGCUGAAAUCACUGCCAAUGCUGAGGGCGUGGAGAGCACAGCCAACCUCAGAGUCAGAGAGGCCUCAAUCUCCUUCAAGAAGAAGCUGGAGCCCAAAACAGUUGAAGAGAGGGAGACAGUGACCUUGGAGGUAGAGCUGACCAAGCCUGCAGAGGUGAAGUGGAUGAGGAACAGCAUUGUGCUGAAGCCCAGUGACAAGGUAGAGAUCAAAGCUGAGGGAACCAAGCACACCUUGGUGGUCAAGGACAUCUCCUUCGCAGACCGGGGCUUCUACUGCUGCGAGAGCCCUGAUGACACCACCCAGGCCAAGAUCAAUGUGGAAAUGAGGCAGAUCAAGCUGGUGAGAGGCCUCCAGCCCCUGGAGGUGGCUGAGAAGGGGACUGUCACCUUCGAGGUGGAGGUGUCCCACGAGGACGUGGAGAGCACCUGGCAGAAGGAUGGUGUUCGUCUGAAACCUUCACCCAACGUCAGCUUCGGUGUCCUGGGCAAGAAACACUCGCUGACUCUGUCCUCAGUGGCUUUGGAAGAUGCAGGAGUCAUCUCCUUCAAAGCAGAGGGCAUCAGCUCAUCAGGGAGGCUCACUGUGAAAGAAUUGCCUGUGAGGAUCAGCAAGCCUUUGGCAGAUGUCAGUGUAACUCAGAAGCUCAAGGCCACAUUUGAGUGUGAGCUGUCCAAACCCAAUGCCAAUGUGAAGUGGUUCAAGGAUGGGAAGGAGAUCCGACAAAGUAAAAACAUUGGGAUUGUCUCCCAAGGAAAUAAGAGAAGCCUCAUUAUUCACAAGUGUGAAUAUGAAGACCAGGGAACCUAUACAUGUCAAGCAGCUGAAGACAAGACAUCAGCUACUCUAAAGGUUCAUGCCCGAGAUGUCAAGAUCGUAAAACCACUGGAAGAUGUGGAAGUGAACGAAUAUGAGAGUGCAUCUUUCAUCUGUGAGAUCUCACACGACGAGGUGGAAACCCAGUGGUACAAAAAUGACAACAAGCUGAAGACUUCCGACAACAUCAAAAUGCGGCAGGAUGGAAAAACCUAUUCCCUGACGUAUGCACGUGUCCAGGUCGAGGAUGCAGCUGAGAUCAAAUUCGUAGCAGAAAAAGCAGAAUCUCGUGCUCACCUGACUGUAAAAGAGCUGCCCGUGAAAAUCGUGAAGCCCUUGCGGGAUAAGAUCGCCCUGUGGAAGCACCGGGGGGUCCUGGAGUGCCAGGUGUCCCGGGCCAAUGCCAAGGUCAGGUGGUUCAAAAAGGACAGGGAAAUUCACCCUGGUGUGAAAUACGAGAUCGUGAGCGAGGGCGUCUAUCGCAAACUCGUCAUCAACGACGCCGACUACGAGGAUGAGGACACGUACACCUGUGAUGCCUUCGAUGACAGAACCAGUGCUAAUUUCUUCGUUGAAGAGCAAGCCAUUAAUAUUGUAAAAGAAUUGUGUGAUGAGGAUGUGACUGAGCCUGAAGAAGCCAAUUUUGAAUGUGAGACAUCCAUUCCAUCUGUGAAACCUGCCAAGUGGUUCCUGAAGGGAGCAGCCUUGCAGGCUGGCAGAAACAUCAUCAUGCAGCAGGAAGGCACCAUCCACAGGCUGACAAUAAUAAAAACAAGUGUUGAUAUGACAGGCACCAUCCAGUUCUCCAUUGGCAAAUCCAAAUCCACAGCGAACCUGCUCGUCAGAGAUUACCACAUCCAGAUCACCAGGAAGCUGGAGGACAAGACCGUCCUGGAGCGGCACUCGGUCAUCCUGUCCUGUGACUUCAGGCCUUCCCCAAAGCACGUCAAGUGGUUCAAGGGCCAAGAGCUCAUUGAGCCCUCGGAGAAGUACAGAAUCAAGAGGGACCAGUACUCAGCAGAGCUGAAGAUCAUGAAGGUGAAGCCCCAGGAUGCUGGCGUGUACAAAUGCAAGGCUGGCAUCGCCGAGACCGAAGCCACGCUGAGCGUUGAAGCCCGCAAUGUAGAGGUCCUGAAGCACCUGCAGGACGUGGAGGUUGAGGAGGACAGCUGUGCCGUGUUCUCCUGCGAGCUGUCCCACGACGACGAGGACGUGGAGUGGUUCCUUAAUGACACCCUCCUCUACACCAACAACUUCAAUGACAUCAAGAAUGUUGGCAAGUGCUACACGCUGACCAUGAAGCAGGUGAAGCCUGAGGAUGCUGGCACGGUGACAAUGAAGUCAGACAAGGUGUCGGAGACCGUGCGGCUGAAGGUCAUAGAGAAACCUGCUGUCUUCAUGAAAGCCUUGGAUGAUGUUUUCGGUGAGGAGCGAGGAGUGAUCAAAUUGGAAUGUGAGGUCUCCAAGGAGAAGGUCAAACCUGUUUGGAAAAAGGAUGGUGUGAAGAUCACUUCUAGCAAGAAGUAUGAGGAGAUACAGUCUGGGAAGACCCUGUGCCUCCUUAUCCAUGACCUGGAAAAGGCAGAUGCAGGGUUGUACACCUGUGACAUCGGCACUGAUGUGGCCAAAUCAAAGGUCAGCGUUCAGGAACUGAACAUUGGUAUCACCAAGAGGCUCAAGAACACUGAAAUCCAGGAGGGAGAAGAUUGCACUUUUGAGUGCAUUUUGUCCCAUGAAAGCAUUGAUGACUUCAACUGGACCCUGAAUGGGAGAAAAGUGGAAAGUGGGGGGAGGUUUAAAGCCUCCAAUGCAGGUCGGAAAUACACACUGAGUAUCAAAAAUGUCACUCCUGGGGACACUGGGGAAGUCAUCUUCACUGCCCGGGGUCUCUCCUCCAAGGCUUCCCUGCUUGUGAAAGAAAAACCUACUGAGGUUACCAAACAGCUGGAGAAUAAAACAUCCCCAGCAGGGCAGGACAUCAGCCUGAGCUGUGAGCUGUCCAAAGCUGAUGUGACCAUCAGGUGGUACAAGGAUGGCAAAGCCAUCAGGAAAAGCCAGAAGUACGACCUGCAGCAGGAGGGGACACGGGCCACUCUCAUCAUCCGAGACUCCACGGUCAAGGACAGUGGGGAGUACACCUGUGAGACUGAGACCUCCAAAACUACAGCCAGGGUCACAGUGCAAGAAAAACCUAAUUAUUUUGUCAAGGAACUCUCAGACCUGAAAGUGGACGAGAGUGGAACUGCAGUUUUUGUGUGCCAGAGUGAGAGAGCUGCAUCCUCUGUGGUCUGGAGGAAAGGCAUCGCCGAGCUCAGGGCUGGCAGGAAAUACGAGAUGACACAGAAAGGACAGGUCCUCCAGCUGACCAUCAAGAACCUGGAGAAAAGUGACAGUGACACUUACAGCUGUGACAUUGGGGAUGCCCAGUCCAGAGCCAAGCUAACUGUGCAAGGCCAGAAAGUGCUAAUAACAGAAGACCUGGAGGAUGUCACUGUGUUAGAAGGAGAAUCUGCCAUGUUCAAGUGCAGAAUCUCUCCCGUAGACUGUAGCAGAGUGCAGUGGUUUUUGGAUAAAACCCCACUCCAUACCAAUGAACUUAAUGAGAUCCAGUCCCAGCCUGGUGGAUAUCACCUGCUGACGCUGAGAAAGCUGUCCCUGAAGGACUCGGGGGUCAUUACAUUUGAAGCUGGUGAUAAGAAAACAUCUGCCAGUUUGGUUGUUAAAGAAAAGCCCUGUGUCUCCACAAAGGAGCUGGUUGAUGCUGAAGUCACUGAGGGAGGGGAUGUGAGCCUUCAGUGUGAAGCCUCCAGAUCAGACAGCCCUGAGAAGUGGUGCAAAGAUGGGAAAAGCCUUAGGAAUUCUUCCAAAUGUAACAUCAGGCAGUCAGGGCUUGAAGCCAAGGUUGUCAUUCACAGGGCAGGAGAAAGAGACAGUGACAGAUGUGAGUGUGAGGCGGGAGCAGCCAAAAGUGGUGCAAUUAUUAAUGUCAAGGAAGCACCAGUUCUCUUCAAGCAAGAGCUCCAAAAUGAAGAAGCCAAAGAAGGAAAGCAGGUCAGGCUGACCUGUGAGCUCAGCAAACCUGGCACCCCAGUGAAGUGGAUGAAGGGAGACACUGUUCUCUAUGCCAGUGAGAAGUAUGAAUUUAAGCAGCAUGGGACUGUGGCAGAGCUCAUCAUUCGAGAUGUGAAAUCUGUGGAUGCUGGGGACUACACCUGCAGUGCUGGGGAACUGAAAACCACUGCUCGGGUCAAAGUGAAUGCUGUGCCUGUGCUUUUCAAACAAGCCCUGGAGAACACGGCUGUGGAAGAAGGGAAAUCCAUCUCCCUGCGCUGCGAACUCACAAAAGCUGACGCCACCACCGUGGUGUGGAAGAAGGGAGAAGCCACGCUCCAGGCAAGUGCCAAAUAUGAAAUGAAGCAGAAGGGGACAGUGGCAGAGCUGGUGAUUCAUAAUGCAGAGCCAGAAGAUGCGGGAAGAUACACCUGUGACACUGGAGACCAGCAGACCACAGCCCAAGUCCAGAUCCAUGCUGUGCCCGUGCUCUUCAAGGAAGAGCUGAAGCCCGUGGAAGCUGUGGAAGGUGGGACAGCCACCCUGAGGUGCCAGCUGGGCACAGAGGCCCCCGUGGAGUGGAGGAAGGGGCAAACUCUUCUCUGGGCCAGUAACAAGUACCAGAUGAGGCAGGAGGGCACCGUGGCUGAGCUGCUGAUCCACGACCUGGAGCCAAAGGAUGCUGGAGACUAUUCAUGUCUAGUGGGGAACCACAAAACCACAGCAGCUUUGUCAGUGAAUGCCCUGCCAGUCCGUUUCAAGCAAGAGCUGAGGAACGAGGAGGCCACGGAGAGCGGGACGGCGACGCUGCAGUGCGAGCUGAGCCGGGCGGGCGGCUCCGUGCGCUGGAGGAAGGACGGGAAGGAGCUGGUCCCGAGCAAGAAAUACCAAACACGGCGGGAAGGGCGCUUUGUGGAGCUGGUGAUCCAUGACCUGGACCUGACGGAUGCUGGGAGCUACACCUGUGUGUGUGGAGAGCAGGAGAGCACGGCUGCUUUGAGAGUGAAUGCCUUGCCUAUCCUCUUCCAAGAAGAACUGGUGAACAAGGAAGCUACAGAGGGGGAGGCAGUCACUUUGCACUGCAAACUGAGCAAACCAGCCCCAGUUGAGUGGAAAAAGGGGAACACAGUGCUCAAGCCGAGUGAAAAGUACAAAAUAGAGCAGGAAGGUCCCUUUGUGGAGCUGACAAUCCAGGAUUUGAAUUUGGCAGAUGCUGGGGAUUACAGCUGUGUGUGUGGAGACCGACAGACUACGGCUGCUCUGGCAGUAAAUGUCCUGCCUGCUCUUUUCACCAAGGGACUCACAGACAAAGAAGCCACCGAGGGUAAAAGUGUCUCCCUGAGCUGUGAGCUGAACAAGGCUGCUGCUAACGUGGAGUGGAAGAAGGGCUUCAAGACCCUCAAGCCGAGUGACAAGUACAAAAUGAGGAGGGAAGGUGCCGUGGCUGAGCUCACAAUCCAAAAUCUAGACACGGCGGAUGCUGGGAACUAUUCCUGUGUGUGUGGAGACCAGCAGACCAUGGCAGUUUUGACAGUUCAUGCUUUGCCUGCAUUUUUCAAGGAAGGGUUGAAGAACAGGGAAGCCACAGACGGCGCCACGGCCGCUCUGCACUGCGAGCUGAGCAAGGUGGGCGUCCCCGUGGAGUGGAGAAAAGGGGACAAGGCACUCAAGCCAAGUGAAAAGUACAGGAUGAGACAGGAAGAUACAGCUGCAGAGCUGCUGAUCCGAGAUCUGGAGGUGGAAGACACAGGAGAAUACACCUGUGUGUGUGGAGACCAGAAGACCUCGGCUGUCUUGACAGUCCACGCUCUGCCUGCACUGUUCAAAAGAGAUCUUGUCAAUGUGGAAGGCACAGAAAACAGGACGGCCGUUCUGCAGUGCGAGCUGAGCAAACCCGCCCCGGUGGAGUGGAGGAAGGGGCAGGAGGUGCUCAGAGCCAGUGAAAAAUACAAAAUGAGGCUGAAGGACACCACUGCUGAGCUGACAAUCCACAGCCUGGAAGAGGGAGAUGCAGGAGAUUACACCUGUGUGUGUGGAGACAAGACAACCACAGCUUCCCUGACAGUGCAUGCCCUCCCUCCUCACUUUAAGAAAGAGCUGAAGAACGUGGAAGGCACAGAAAACGGCACGGCCACUCUCUGCUGUGAGCUGAGCAAAGCCGGAGCUGCCGUGGCCUGGAGGAAAGGAGACAAAACCCUGGGGACAAGUGACAAGUUCACCAUGAGGUGCCAGGGCACGGUGGCUGAGCUGGUGAUCCACGAUUUGGCCCUGGCAGAUGCUGGAGAUUACACGUGCUCUUGUGGAGAGCAGGAAACCACGGCUGCGCUCAAAGUGAAUGCCCUGCCUGUGCACUUCCAGGAGGAGAUGAGGGAUGAGGAAGCCACAGAAGGCGCCACAGCCGCCCUGCAGUGCGCGCUGUCCAGGGCUGCGCCCGUGGAGUGGAGGAAGAAGCACAAAGUGCUCAAACCCAGUGAAAAAUACACAAUGAGGCAGGAGGGCGGCAGAGCCCAGCUGCUGGUGCAUGCCCUGGAGCUCAGGGAUGCUGGGGAGUACACCUGUGUGUGUGGAGAGGAGAAGACAACAGCAGCACUGACAGUGCACGCCCUUCCUGCUCUGUUCAAAGAAGAGUUAAGAGAUGAGGAGGCCCAGGAGGGUGAAGCAGUGACUCUGCACUGUGAGCUGACCAAACCUGCUCCAGUGGAGUGGAGAAAGGGACACACAGCCCUCAAACCUAGUGAGAAAUACAAAAUGAGGCAGAAGGAUGUCACUGCAGAGCUGGUGAUCCACAGCCUGACCCAGAGUGAUGCUGGGGACUACACCUGUGUGUGUGGGGAGCAGCAGUCCACAGCUUCCUUGGCAGUACAUGUGCUGCCUGCAGCCAUCCAGGAGAGCCUGAGGGACGAGGAGGUGACCGAGGGCCAAGCGGCCACUCUGAGCUGUGAGCUGACCAAAGCUGCCCCCGUGGAGUGGAGGAAGGGCAGCACUCUGCUCAGGGCCAGUGACAAGUACAAAAUGAGGCAGGAGGGCACGGUCAGGAAGCUGCUCAUCCAGGAUGUGGAGCUGAAGGAUGCUGGAGAGUACACGUGUGUGUGUGGAGAGCAGGAGACCACAGCGGCCUUGAUAGUGCAUGCCCUGCCAGCCCUUUUCAAAGAGGACCUGAAGGACCUGCAAGCCAUGGAAAGCCAAACAGCCACUCUGCGCUGUGAGCUGAGCAAGGCUGCAGCUGUGGCGUGGAAGAAAGGCAACAAAAUACUCAGGGCAAGUGAAAAAUACAUCCUGAGGCAGGAGGGUGCCCUGGCAGAGCUGGAAAUCCGUGACCUAGAGCUACAGGAUGCAGGAGAUUACACCUGCGUGUGUGGGGAGCAGCACAGCACGGCCUCUCUGACAGUGAAGGCCCUGCCAGUGCUUUUCAAGGAAAAGCUGAAGGAUGAAGAAGCCCAAGAAGGAGCAUCAGUGACUCUGAGAUGUGAAUUAACCAAAGGAGCUCCUGUGCAGUGGAAAAUAGGGCCCAAAGUGCUCAAAGCAAGUGACAAAUAUCAAAUGAGACAGUCUGGCACCACUGCAGAGCUGAUCAUUUGUGACCUAGAAUUAAAAGAUGCUGGAGAUUACACCUGUGUGUGUGGUGACCAGAAGACAACUGCAACCUUAACAGUUCAUGCUCUGCCACCCCUCUUUAAGGAGGAGCUGAAGGACCAGGAGGCAGAAGAAGGUGGAGAAGUGUCCCUGCUCUGUGAGCUCUCCAAGGCUGCUCCAGUGCAGUGGCAGAAGGACCAGAGGAUCCUCAAACCAAGUGAGAAAUACAGAAUGAGGCAGGAGGGGCUCAAGGCAGAGCUGGUGAUCCAUGGAAUAGCUGAGGAGGAUGCAGGAGGCUACACCUGUGUGUGUGGAGAGCAGCAGACUACAGCUGUCCUGACAGUGCAGGCUGUGCCUCCGUUUUUCCAAGAAGAAAUGACCAGCCAGGAAGGGGUAGAAGGUGGAACAGCCACUUUUCACUGUGAGCUGAGCAAAGCCCCUGCCUGUGUGCAGUGGAGGAAGGGCCAGCACAUCCUCACCUCGGGCCCCAAGUACAGCAUGAGGCAGGAGGGACGAGCUGUGGAGCUGCUGGUCCAUGGGCUGGACCUGAGUGACACUGGGGACUAUUCCUGUGUGUGUGGAGACAACAUCAGCACAGCUGCAUUAACAGUUCAUGUGCUGCCUCCAGAAUUCAAGAGAGAGCUGAAGGACCUGGAAGCUGUGGAAAAUGGCACAGCUGCUCUGCACUGUGAACUGACAAAACCCACUGAGGUGCAGUGGAAGAAAGGGCAGGAGGUGCUCAAAGAGAGCAGAAAACAUGAAAUGAGUCAGGAUGGGGCUGUUGCAAAGCUGGUUAUCCAUGAGCUGGAGGAGGAGGAUGCUGGAGUUUACACCUGUGUGUGUGGAGAUCAGCAGACAACUGCCAUGCUGACAGUCAAUGCCCUACCAGCCCUUUUUAAACAAGAGCUCCAGGACACUGAGGCAGAAGAAGGUGGCACAGUGACCCUGAGGUGUGAGCUCACCAAACCCAAGGCUCCAGUGGAGUGGAGGAAAGGGGAUGUCACUCUCUACCCUGGUCUGAAAUACGAGCUGAGGCAGCGGGGCUGUGCUGCUGAAUUGGUCAUUCAUGACCUGGAAGUGGAAGAUUCAGGAAUUUACACCUGCGACUCCGGACACCAGCAGACAACAGCUGUGUUGGCCGUGCAUGCACUGCCCAUCACGUUUAAGCAACCUUUACAAAAUAAGGAGUUUGAGGAAGGAAGCACAGCCACGUUCUGCUGUGAGCUGUCGAAAGCCAGCGCUGCAGUGGAAUGGAGGAAAGGAGGCGUGGGGCUGCAGCCCAGCCAGAAAUAUGAAAUGAGGCAGAGGGGAUGCCUGGUAGAGCUCUUGAUACACAACCUCAGACUGGAAGACACAGGAGAAUACAGCUGUGACACGGGGGAGCAGGAAACCAGGGCAGCUCUGAACGUGAAAGCUCUGCCAGUUCUUUUCCAAAAGCAGCUCAAAGACGAGGAGGCAGAAGAAGGAGCCGCAGUGAAAUUCCAGUGUGAGCUGACAAAGGAUAACGCGGCCGUGGAGUGGAGGAAAGGCACCAUGGAGCUCUUCCCAUGUGCCAAAUACCAAAUUAAAUUAAGUGGGCGCACAGCUGAGCUUGUGAUCCAUAAUGUAGAGCCAGAGGAUGCCUCUGAUUACACCUGUGACACAGGAGACCAGCAGAGCACUGCAGUCCUCAGAGUGAAUGCCAUCAAACCCCAGCUGAAGCAGCAGCUGAGGAACGAGGAGGUGGAAGUGGGAGGAACAGCCAGGCUGCGCUGCGAGGUUUCCAUCAGCAAAGCAGAAGUGGAGUGGAGGAAGGAUGGAGUCCUGCUGCACCCCAGCUCCAAGCACGAAAUGUGGCAGGAGGGGACCCUCCGGGAGCUCCGUGUUCACCACCUGCAGCCUGGGGAUGCUGGGGAAUAUUCCUGCAAGGCUGGAGACCAGACGAGCUCUGCCAAGCUCACUGUGAAAGAGCCUGACGUGACCAUCGUGAGCGGCCUCAAGGAUGCGGUGGUGGCCGAAGGGGACGAUGUCACCUUCAGGUGCCAGGUGUCCCACGAGAACGCCAGGGACGUCGAGUGGAAGCUGCAGGACGUGGCUCUGCAGAACAACGAGAUGAACGAGAUCUCGGUGGAGAGGGGCAAGGUGCACACCCUGACCCUGAGGAAGGUGACAGAGCAGGACAUUGGCACCGUCACCUUCCGCGUGGGACCCCACACGUCCACAGCAGAGCUCAGGGUGAAAGUGCCACCUCCAGUCUUGAAGGAGAAACUGCAAAGCAGGGAAGUGCAGGAGGAGGACGCAGCUGUCCUCUGCUGCCAGCUGUCCCAGCCCAGUGCUGAGCUGGCAUGGGAAAAGGGCCCUCAGGUGAUCUCCCCAAGCUCCAAGUAUGAAAUCGCCACGAGGACUGAUAAAUCAGGCCACACUUUAAAGAUUUAUCGCUAAAAACCAGAAGGUUCUGGCAAAUACAUCUGUGAUAAUGGAAAUGAACAAUCAACAGCCACUUUGACUGUUAAAACUUCUCCAGUCACCUUCACCCAACCCCUCCAGAACCAGCAAGCUGAGGAGGGUGGCACUGUCACCCUGAGCUGCGAGGUGUCCAACCCCAGCACCCCUGUGCAGUGGAAGAAGGGGGGCACAGUGCUGCGAGCCAGUGACAAGUACAGGAUGCGCCAGGACGGGGCCGUGGCUGAGCUCACCAUCCACAACCUGAGCCAAGCUGAUGCUGGGGACUACACCUGUGACACAGGGGACCAGCAAACCACGGCAGCAGUGCAGCUGAAAGAAGCAGCAGCCACCAUCGUGGAGGGGCUGAGGGAUGUGGCCACGCACGAAGGAGAAGACGCGGUGUUCGAGUGCAGGCUGUCCCAGGAAGCAGCCCAGGAUGCCCAGUGGUUCCUGGGGGAUGUUCCCCUGCAAUCCAACGAAAUGAAUGAGAUCAGAGUGCAAGGGACACGUCACAGUUUGACCUUGAGGAAGGUGACCCUGGAGGACUGUGGGUCCGUCAGUUUCAAAGUGGGGCAGCGUUUGUCGGCAGCGCAGCUGAAGGUGGAAGCUGCCCCGGCCACCUUUGUGAAGUCUCUGCACAACCUGGAGCUGCAGGAGGGUGGCACUGCCCACCUGUCCUGCGAGCUGUCCCAGCCUGAUGUCCCCGUGGAGUGGAAGAAGGGCACGUCUGUGAUCCAGCCCAGCCACAAGUGCAGCAUCCAGCAGGAGGGGAAGGUGCACACGCUGCUCAUCCGCGACCUGAACCGCGCCGACUCCGGGGAGUACAGCUGCCACACGGCUGCUGGCAAGACCACGGCCAGGCUGGAGGUCAAAGGCAUGCCCGUGCUGUUCCAGCAGUGGCUGAGGAACGAGGAGGUGGAGGAAGGGCGCACGGCCGCGCUGCGCUGUGAGCUGACGCGGCCCCACGCACGCCUGCAGUGGCGCAAAGGGGACACGGUGCUGCAGCCCGGGGACAAGUACCAGAUGCGCCAGGAGGGCACGCGAGCUGAGCUCCUCAUCUACGAGGCCGAGGCUCAGGAUGCUGGGGAGUACACCUGUGACUCGGGGGAUCAGCAGACCACGGCUUAUCUGCAGGUCAAAGUACUGCCAGUGCUGUUUAACAAAGAGCUGAAAAACGUAGAGGCUGAAGAAGGGGGAACGGCAGUUUUGCACUGUGAGAUCUCCAAGCCUGAUGCUCCCGUUGAGUGGAGGAAAGGAGGGGUGGUCAUUCAGCCCAGUGACAAGUACGAGCUGAAGCUGAAGGGCAGCGUGGCUGAGCUGAUCAUCCAUGGUGUAGAAGCUGAUGACUGUGGGGAUUAUACCUGCAGCACUGGAUACGAGAUCACCACAGGGUCUGUGUAUGUGCAAGAAGAAGCAGCAGUGAUAGUGUCUGGUCUGAGGAGCACAGACGUCUUUGUGGGCGAGUCAGCCACGUUCACGUGCGAGCUCUCGCCGCCGGGCGUGAGGAGCGUGCAGUGGUGGCUGGACGGGACCCCCCUGCACAACAACCUGGUCACUGAGAUCUCCCAGCGGGACGGCAGGAUCCACACCCUGACCCUAAACGACGUGGCGUGCCACGACUCGGGCACUGUCACCUUCAGAGCUGGCUCCCUUAUAUCCACAGCUAAAUUAUUGGUCAAAGAUCCCACCAUUGAAGUGGUCAGUCCCAUGCAGGACAUAACUGUUGAUGAAGAAGGCCCAGCAGAGUUCAUAUGCCAAUAUUCUAGGCCAGUGCACGCCAUCUGGAAGAAAAAUGAUCAGGAAAUACAUGCAGAUGGGCAGCGAGUGAUUGUCGAUCAGGACUGGAAUGUGAGCAUGCUAAAAAUUAACCCCACGGUCCCAGAAGACACUGGCAUCUAUUCUUGUGAAGCUGAAGGCAUUAAAGUGAUGGCCACACUUGAUGUUCAAGCCAAGAACAGCAUUGUCCAGGGCCUGGAGAACGUGGAGGCUGUGGAAGGAGGGGAAGCCCUGUUCGAGUGUUACCUCUCCAAGCCUGAGACCUACAAUUACAACUGGCUGAUUGACGAUGAACCUGCCAAGACCACAGAAAACACGGAGAUGGUUUACUUUGAAAACGGCCUCAGGCACAUCCUGCUGCUGAAGAAUUUAACUCCCCAGGACAGCUGCAGGGUGACUUUCAUGUGCAGCGAUGCGGUGACCUCAGCCUUCCUCACAGUGAAAGGGUGGCGCCUGCAGUUCCUGCAGCCCCUCACGGAUGUGGAAGUGUCUCUGGGGGAAAAAGCAACAUUUAGCUGUGUCCUGAGUGAAGCUGUGCCAGUGAACGAAGUGGCCUGGUACAGCAAUGACACUGAGAUCCAGGCUGGGGAGGACUGGGAGGUGCAAGCAGAUGGAAACAAAUACAAACUUAUCCUGAAAAAAGCCCAACUGCAUCACUCUGGAGAGGUGACCUUUGCUUCCAGGGAGGCCAUUUCAUCAGCCAAGCUUUCUGUCAUUGCCCUCCCCGAGCCACCCGAAGCGCUGGAGGUCCUGAGUCAGAGCAGCCACUCGGUCACCCUGUCCUGGCACAGGCCACUGGGUGACGGCGGCCAGCCCAUCCUGGGCUACAGGGUGGAGAGGAAAAUCCCAGGAGUUGGCUGGCAGUCCUGCAGCAGGGAGCUCAUCCCAAACACGGAGCUCACCGUGGAUGGCCUCAGCCCGGGGGAGCCCUACCGAUUCCGAGUGUCGGCCGUGAGCAAAGCGGGGGCCAGCGAGGCGCUGCACUUCCCCCAGACGGUGCGGUUAGAGCCUCCCGUUACCAUCACCCAACCCUUGGUGGGAGGAUCUGUCUCGGAAGGGGGGGUGGCUCGCCUGGAGUGCACAUUAUCAAACAAAACUGAGGAGAAAGUGACUUGGUUCAAGGGAAAAGAGCGAAUAAAAGCUGGAGGGAGAUAUGAAAUCCUUUCUGAAGGAACGAAGCAGAUUCUCAUUAUCCGUGGAUUUAAACCUGAGGAUCAGGACAGCUAUACCUGCAUGGCUUCUCCGGAAGUCAAAUCUGUUGCCAGCUUGUGUCUUGAAGUUCCCACAGUGUCGAUGCUGAAGGAGAUUGCCAGGGAAGCUCCCCCUGCCAGCCGGGCUGAGGAGCAGGUGGAUGGACACAUCCAGCCCAGCCUGCCCCCCGAAGCUGCCCAGGAGGGAGAUCUGCACCUCCUGUGGGAAGCCCUGGCCAAGAAGCGCCGGAUGAGCCGGGAGCCCACCUUGGAUUCCAUCAGUGAGGUGCCCGAGGAGGAGGAGAAGCUUCAGAAGCUGAGGAAGGAGGAAGCAGAGAUGUCUCACUACUACUCGGAGGAGUACUCCACGUGUGACGAGCUGGCCAGGACGGGAGAGGCAGAUUUCUCUUUCACAAGCUCUGAUGAUGAGUCUAGAGCUGGCACCCCUUCCUUGGUGAACUACCUCAAGAAAGCUGGGAAGAAGAGCACCAGCAUUACCAGCAAGGUUCAGUCCACCUCCACAGGAAAACUAUGGAAGCAGUGGGAGACAACAACCACCGUGGAGACCACUGUGGCCACCACAGCUGCUCAGCCAGCCGAGCCAGAGCUGCCAGAUUUGGACGACCCGUCCAUGAACAAGGCGGCUGUGAAGAUCCAAGCCGCUUUCAAAGGCUACAAAGUCAGGAAAGAGAUCAAGCAACAGGAGUGCCCCGUGUUCACUGAGACCUUCAAAGACUUCUCUGGAGAGCCUGGAAGCACCCUGCACCUGGAGUGUGUGGCCCACAGCAAAACCGACAUGAACGUCCGCUGGCUGAAGGACGGCAAGGAGCUCUCGGAUGGUCGCUACUACCACAUCGACAGCUACAGCGACGGCACCUGCUCCUUGAUCAUCGCCGGCCUGGACAGGAAGGAUGCAGGCAAAUACACCUGUGAGGCAUCCAAUAAGUUUGGCAAGGUCUCACACAGCGCCAAGGUGGUGGUUGGCGCUCAGGAAGCUCAAGCUCUUGCCAAGGAGAAGAGGAGUAAGCAGAGCACCGACAGCGAGACGGAGAGCUCAUCCGGCAGCGAGCUGGACGACGCUUUCCGAAAAGCAGGAAGGAGACUCCACAGGCUCUUCAGGGCCAAGAUCUCCACGGAGAUCUCUGACGUGGAGGAAGAGCUCUUUGUCAGUGCAGACGAAGGGGACAUAGAUGUGGUUGACCACCAGACAUACCGUGAGGAUGACCAGUACAUCUACAUCAAGUUUGAAGUCAUGUCCGAGGCCAAGACGGCCGCCACACGGUUCAGAGAGAUGUUUGGCGCUCUGGGAAUUCCAGUGGAGAUUGACAUCUUGGAACAAGGCCCGAAAAAAAUCGAACUGCGCAUUGGGAAGGCAUCACCUCCCACCCUUGGGAAGUUUCCACCUCCAUCGAGACCUCCACCACCUUUGCUGACUUCUGACACAGCCCCCAUGUUCAUGACCGAGCUCCAAAACCAAGAGGUCCAGGACGGGUACCCGGUGAGCUUUGACUGUAUCGUCAUUGGCAAACCCCUGCCCACGGUUCGCUGGUUCAAGGACGGCAAAGCUAUUGAGGAAAACGAUCACUACAUGAUCAAUGAGGACCAGGAGGGGUGCCACCAGCUGAUCAUCACCGCCGUGGUGCCCACGGACAUGGGCGUCUACCGCUGCCUUGCUGAGAACAACAUGGGCGUGGCCUCAACCAAGGCUGAGCUCCGUGUGGACUUGACUAGCACAGACUAUGAGACAGCAGCAGAUGCAACAGAGACUUCAUCUUACUACAGUGCCAAGGAAUAUAUUUCAAGCCGAGAACAGGAGGAAUCCAUGGCUGAGGAGGAGCAGUUGCCCCAGAUCUUUGAUGAGCUCCAUGAUAUUCAUGUGGCACCUGGAGCAUCGCUGGCUAAAUUUCACCUGAAGGUGAAAGGGUACCCUCAGCCUCGUCUCUAUUGGUUCAAAAAUGGGCAGCCCCUGAAGGCCUCGGACCGGAUCCUCAAGACCGACAGGCAGGAAUUCCACUCCCUGGAAAUCCGCAAUGUCACCAAAGCAGACGCCGGCCAGUAUUUGAUAUUUGUCAUCAACUCUGCUGGCUCUGCCUAUUCCUCAGCCAGGCUGAUAGUCAGAGAUCCUUAUGAGAAAGAAGAGCCAUCCAAAACAGAUUCCCAUGAGCAGCUGAUACCACCAAGAUUCCUUGAAAGAUUUACAAAUAAGAAGGUGAAAAAGGGUGCAAGCAUCACAUUAUCUGUGAAAGUUGAAGGACAUCCACCACCAACAAUCACUUGGAUGAAGGAAGAGUCUCGGGAGGACAUCCUGUGGAUCAAGCCAGACACUCCUGGGUACAAACUGGCCAGUUCCAACAUGCACCACAGCCUGAUCCUGCUGGACGUCAAGAAGAAGUACAGUGGAGCUUACACCUGCAUUGCCACCAACAAGGCUGGCCAGUCCAUCUGCACGGCCAACCUGGAAGUUGCAGAUGUGAAAGAGGCUGAAGUCCUGACCCAGGAGCGUGUGAUGGUGUCAGAAGCCAUCAUGACCACGCUGGGAACUAUUCAGUCCUCUGAAGGAGACCUUGAAGCUGGCAGAGAAGGUGUGCCCAAAACCCCCAUUUCAUUAGCUGAUGUUGGCUCAGAAGAGUUCUUCCAGAAACUCACCUCACGUAUCUCAGAAAUGGUAUCUGCAAAAAUAACUCAGGCUAAACUUCGAGUACCAGGUGCAGAAAGUGAUGAUGAGUCAAGAACUCCCUCUGCAUCUCCUCGCCACGGACGGUCCAGACCUUCAUCCAUUGCUCAGGAAUCCUCCUCUGAAUCUGAAGAUGGAGAUUCCAGAGGGGAGAUCUUUGAUGUCUACAUGGUCACUGCUGACUACGUGCCCGCGGCGCCGGACAAGGAGACCAUCACCCUGAAGGAAGGACAAUAUGUGGAAGUCCUGGAUUCAGCUCAUCCUCUGAAAUGGCUGGUCAGGACUAAACCCACGAAAUCAAGUCCCUCUCGACAGGGUUGGGUGUCUCCAGCUUAUCUGGACAAGAAAUUAAAGUUGUCACCAGAGUGGGGAGCAACAGAAAUUCCAGAGUUUCCUGGAGAGUUUGUUUCUGAAGAUGAAUACAAAAGGAAGCUAAGUGUUCUCAUUCAGGAGCUGCUGAUCUCAGAGGAAGAUUACAUUCAGGAUUUACAGUUCCUCCAGACUCAUCACCUUAGGUACACUGAGACCUGUCCCAGUGUGCCAGGAGCUGUUGCCAGUCAGAAAUCCACCAUCUUCAGGAAUAUUGAUGACAUUGGUCGCUUCCAUUCCAGCGUGUUCCUGAGGAGCCUGCAGGGCUGUGACACUGACGAUGACGUGGCCAUGUGCUUCAUCAAGCACGAAGCAGAGUUCAGCAGGUACAUCCAGUACCUGGUGGGAAGGGUCCAGGCAGAGUCCAUUGUUGUCAGCAAAGCUGUCCAGGAUUUCUACAAGAGAUACACAGAUGAAUACUUAACUAAUGAAGAUCCCUCACAGCCACUUAUCCCACCACUGCAGCACUACCUGGAAAAACCCAUAAACAGGAUCCAGCAGUACCAGACAAUAAUUAAGGAAUUAAUCCGAAACAAGGCCAGGAACAGCCAGAACUGCACUUUGCUGGAACAGGCCUAUGCCAUUGUGUCUGCCCUCACCAGAAGAGCAGAGAACAACCUCCAUGUCUCUCUCAUUGAGAAUUACCCAGGGACCUUGGAGAGCCUUGGAGAGCCCAUCCGCCAGGGCCACUUCAUUGUGUGGGAAGGAGCUCCAGGAGCUCGAAUGGCAUGGAAAGGACACAAAAGACAUGUUUUCCUCUUCAAAAAUUAUAUUGUGAUCUGCAAACCAAAGCGAGACACAAAGACUGACACCUACAGCUACAUCUUCAAGAACAUCAUGAAGCUGAACAACAUAGAUGUGAACGACCUGGUGGAAGGGGAUGACCGGGCCUUUGAGAUCUGGCACGAGAGGGAGGACUUGGUGCGCAAGUACCUGCUGCAGGCGCGGACCGUGAACAUCAAGAACUCCUGGGUGAAGGAGAUCUUGGGCAUCCAGCAGAGGAUCAGCGAGCCCAUCUGGAUCCCUCCAGACUUUGAGGAAGAACUGGCAGACUGCACAGCUGAGCUGGGAGAGACGGUCAAGCUGGCCUGCAAGGUGACAGGAGCUCCCAAGCCAUCCAUCAGCUGGUACAAAGAUGGGAAGCCCGUGGAGGUGGAUCCCCACCACAUUAUCAUAGAAGAUCCUGAUGGCUCCUGCACGCUGAUCUUGGACAAUCUGACAGGGGCUGACACAGGGCAGUACAUGUGCUUUGCUUCCAGUCCUGCUGGGAAUGCCAGCACCUUGGGAAAGAUCCUUGUGCAAGUGCCCCCACGGUUUGUGAACAAGGUCAGAAAUGCUUAUCUUGUCGAGGGUGAAGAUGUCCAGUUCACCUGCACUGUGGAAGGAGCACCCAGGCCUCAGAUCAGGUGGUACAAGGAUGGGGUGCUGCUGAAGGACACCAGUAAAUACCAGACUUACAGUGAACCACGGAGUGGCAUCGCAGUCCUGGUGGUCAAGAACCCUUCCAAUGAAGACAUGGGGCACUAUGAAUGUGAGCUGAUGAACAGGUUAGGGUCUGCCAAGAGUGGAGCAGAGCUUUACCACCACAGCGCUGCAGCCCUGACCCAGGAGAGGAGAGGAGACCAAGCCAUCACCAUUGAAGGAAUGACUUCCCCCCCAUCAGAGACGGACACUUCUGUGCAGGCCUCACUGCAGCGCGCCGACAAGGAGAUCAAGACAGCCCUGAAAAAGCUGCUGGACUCGGCGUCCUUGCUGGUGACUCUUCCCCCUGGCAUGAGGGCCGAUGAGCCCUCAGGGGCAGCAGCCGGGCCCUCUGUGGUGGUUCAUGAAGCCAGCACCCAAACCCAGACUGCUGGAGGCCAUGCCAAAGCUCAGAGGGAGGUUCCAGCUGAAGAACCAGGGGUGCCAAAGCCCAGCCCUGCUCCUUCCAGGGAAGAGGAGGCUGCUGGAGGGGGAAGCACUUGGGAACGCACUGUUCCCAUCGACAGAACAUCCCCAGAUGCAGGGGCAGGAGGCUGGUACAGGAGAGAAGGAGAUGUGGUCUGGGACGUGCACAGUGAAGUUUACAUCGAGACCACAGAAAGAACUCGAGUGUAUAAGACUGAGGAGAAGACUCCAACAAGUCCUCCCUAUAUGCAAGUGACAAUAGAGGAUGUGCAGGUGAACGCUGGGGAACGUGCCAAAUUCCAGGCAGUCAUUGAAGGAACCCCUCAGCCCACAGUUUUGUGGUUCAAGGGCACUUCACUGCUGACAGACAGCGACAGGAUCCAUCAGGGGAGGAAAGGAACAUCUUAUUUCUUAGUCGUGGACAAUGCUGCCCUGGAAGAUGGUGAUGUUUAUACCUGUGUUGCCAAAAAUGUAGGAGGGGAGGUUUUGUGCAAAGCAGAGCUCGUCGUACGUGAAGCUAAGAAAGACCAAGAAGGAAAGAAAGUGGCCACCAGGAGAAAGCUCCACUCCCAUUAUGAGGUUAAGCAGGAGAUUGGAAGGGGCUGCUUCAGCUUCGUGAAACGGGUGGUGCACAAAGGGAACAGGGUGUCCUGUGCUGCCAAAUUCAUCCCUCUGAGGAGCAAAACCAAGUCCAGAGCUCAUCAGGAGAGGGAUAUUCUUGCCUCUCUGUCCCACGACAGAAUUACCAGGCUCCUGGAUGAGUUUGAAACACGAAAAACACUGAUUUUGAUUCUGGAGUUAUGCUCCAAUGAGGAGCUCCUGGACCGUUUAUUCAAGAAGAGCGUGGUCACUGAAGCUGAGGUCAAACUCUACAUCAAGCAAAUUUUGGAAGGAAUCAAAUAUCUUCAUGACAACAACAUCCUUCAUUUGGACAUCAAGCCACUGAAUAUCCUCAUGGUUUAUCCUGAGAGGGAAGACCUGAAGAUCUGUGACUUUGGGUUUGCCCAGAGGAUCACGCCCGUGCAGCCCCAGUACAGCAAAUACGGCUCUCCGGAGUUUGUUGCCCCAGAAAUUGUUUCCCAGUCACCAGUGUCAAAAGCAACUGAUAUCUGGGCUGUUGGAGUCAUCACAUAUUUAAGCCUCACGUGCAAGUCUCCAUUUGCUGGGGAAAACGACAGGAAAACUCUCCUAAACAUCCAGAACGGGGAAAUUUCAUGGACCAUUCCUGAUGUUGUGCACUUGAGUGAAGAUGCAAAGGACUUCAUGAAAGGGAUCCUGCAGCAGCACCCCAAAUCCAGGCCAAGUGCUUUGGAUUGUCUUUCCCACAAAUGGUUCAUGCACAACGUCCCUCUUGAAGCAGCCCACUUCAUUAACACCAAACAGCUCAAAUUCAUUGUGGCUCGGAGCAAGUGGCAGCGCUCCCUGAUGUGCUACAAAUCCAUCCUGGUGAUGAGGUCCAUCCCAGAAAUCCUGGAAAGGACCCACGACAACAGCUCCCUGGCCAUCUCCCGACACCUCAUUGAGGAGAGCACUUCAUCCAGCACCAGUGGCUCCUCUUCAGACAAUGAGAACUCAAAUUUCCCCCAAAAGAAGCACUUUGGUUCCACCCCUGAACUGCACUUGCCCGUAUUUGACGCCCCGAGCCAUCCCGAGCCUCUGAAAUGUGCGAGUGAACGGGAGCACUCCAAAAGCUCCAUCCCUCCAGUAAAACCCAUGAGGAGGAAAUAUGCUUCAAUGAAGGCUGAGGUGGGGGAUAAAUCACCCACAGAAAGCAAAGAGUUCAUGGCAGGUAUCUUACAGGAGAAAGAGGAGAGGCUCCUUCCCAGCCUUCGGGAAGAGCCAUCCCAAAAAAGUGGCGCUGCUGAGCCUUCAUCCCCAAGGGCUUCCACAGAAAGCACAUCACUUGUGCAUCAGAAAGAAAAACCAGACACACCUUCAUCUGAAAAGGACAGAGGUGAAGAGGCAGGGGAUGGCGCAGAGAAGCCAUCUGCCUUUGUUCCCAGGCAGAGUGUCAUUAAAAGCACCUUCUACAGCCAAGCAACGGAGCUGCCUGCGAGGCCGCCUUCGUCACCAGGCCGGGAGUUCAGAAGGCACCUGGACAGAGCCAGGAGGACUUUCCGGAAGGCUGGCUAUUCAAAGGUGCCCCUCAGUGGCCUCCGAGAACCCCUCCUUGAGCAGUUUGAACUGGAAGAAGAAGAAGGAGGAGAUGAUCACAGAGAAGCUCUGCUGGGAUCUUUGACCAAAUCCGCGUCGUUUGACACGGCCAGGAAGCCCCCACACCCUGCCAUUGCUGGUGGCAGCCGCAGCCGCUCCCUGGAUGACUACAGGCUGAGAUCCUCCAGAUCCCUGAGGGAACAAGAGAUUUUGGAGGAGGACUGUGAUGUGUUGUCCCAGGAAAGCUGCCCUGAAGGCAGUGAUCACUGUGAUGUUUCUGCAGGGGCUGGCAAGGGAUGUUCUGCGGGCACGGCAGAGCAAGGGGACAUCAGGAGAACCAGCAAGGAUUGCUCAGGAGAGAAACCCUCUCCCUCCACACACUGUGAGGGGAAUGGGUGCCCACCUGCUCUCAUACAGCACGUAGAGGGACUUCCAGUGUCACCUCACAGGAGUGAGAAUAAGAAGCGUUUAUUGAAGAAGUCAAAAGCCACUGAGAUUGAGGAGGACGUUGAAUGUUUGGAAGAGAAAGGCCCCAUUCCAGCUGCCCAGUGCUCAGAUGUAACAGCACCAUCAGCUCCAAAACACGGGAGCACAGAGGGUAAAUCUGCUCCUAGCCAUGCCUCAGACUCUGCUUUUCAGGAGGGCAAAGAGUCCAUUUCAACCCUCACACAUUCAGAAACCACCCCAAAGUCUUCUCCUCCGAGUGAGGGAGGUGUGUGUCUGCCUCAGGAAUCUGCUCCCACUGACACCCACCCAGAUCUAACAGGUGGAAGCUUGCUUGUCAAAAGGACAGCCCCAGCCCCACCUUGGAAAGACAAAAGGCAGAAACACUCAGAUGAAAAGACUUCUGCUCAUGGCACUGCUGAAUCUGAACCCAUGGAGCAUGAAAGCUAUGCUGCUCCAACAGAACAAACAGAAACUGAAUCACUUCCAGUAUGUAAAGACAAAAGUGAGGAAAUUCCUGGGGAAAGUGUUCCAGCAGCUACCGUCACGCUGGGCAAACAGCCAGGUACCCUCACAGCUGGUGAAGGUGUUCCUCAGAAGCUGAAGAGCCAUAAAGAUGUGAGAUCUGCUGUCCUGGACAAUGCAGAAGCAGCUGUUACAGAAAUCACUCCGCCAUCAGCCCACGGUGGUGAAAGCCAAGCACACAAGAAGGCUCCUGUUCACUCAGACACAGCAGCAGCUGUCCUGAAGGGAGAGCAGCUCGCUGCUCCCAAAAUCCCACCACCAGGAUCAGUGCCAGCUCUGGUCUCUGAUGGAGCACAGCAGGCUCUCAGCAAGGAGGAACUUGCUGCUCUGAGUAGUAAAAGCUCAGCUGUCCCAGGGGUUGUUUCCAGUUUGGCCCAUGAAGGAGCUGAAUCCCAGAAGGUUCCUGAAGGCCACAGCUCAGAGCCUGCUGCUCUGGAGAGCAGACACCCAGCCAGAGCUGCCUCCUCCCAAAGCACUGUGGUCCCUCAGGUCUGGGAGGGUGAAAAUCAAGAACACCCAGAGGUGUCAGUUCACAGGGAGGUGAGAUCUGUUGUGACAGCAAGGGGGAGCCAAGCAGCUGGACAAUCUGUGGCUGCUCCUUUCCCCAAGGCUGGACAUGGGGUGCUUGAGCAGCACAGGGCUGGGAUUUCAGAUGGUCUGGAGAGUGGCAGUUCAGGUGCAUUAACUGCUUCACAACCAGAAAUUGCUCCAGCUGCAGCCUAUGAACUGGUAUAUGAGGAAUAUCCAGAGAGUUAUGGUGAGGAUGGAGGCAUUGCCUUAGAAGGUGGAAGAAGUGAUGCUGGAGAACCUGCCCCACCACUGCUCCGCAGGGAUCAUCAUGGCCAGGAGCUGUCACACCACAGAUCUUCUUUUUACAGUGAUGAGGAGUCUGCUGUGCUGGAGGGCUUGGUGGAUGAGAUGGUUUCCCUCUCUGAGGAGAUGGAUGUUUGGGCAGAGUCAGUUUCUGGAGAGAAGGGAAGCAGAAGGCACAUUUCUCCUCCCAGAGGGAUGUCCUACAAAGGCAGCCAAGCACACAUGGACACCUCCUUCCCUUCAGUCCAACAGGGUGGAAGAGGAGAGGUCGCUGAGCAGGAUGACCUUGCAGAACCCUGCCUUGCUGUGAGUGAGGAGCCAGGAGUCCUGGAAGAGCAGGGAGCACAGACAGUUCCUCAUGAAUGUGAGCACCUGGAGGACUUGGCAUUUGAGACCUCCCCUUCCAGCCCAGAGAGCCUUUCCUCCACAGAGAGCUUGGACACUGCAAGAAGACACAUCCCAGUGAUCAAGGACACUGGCAAACACCCAGAAGUCUCUUUGGUGAAAAUCAAGGACCUGUCAGAUGAAACACCCAGUGUUGGCAGCGGCCCCCAGAAAUUUGACAUCUCGGAAGUGGAGCCUGCCUAUUUGAAUUUCUCAGAUUUGUAUGACAUUGUCUAUUUCCCAUUUGAGUUUCUGAGCUAUAAGAAGCCUUCACCCAAACCAGUUCCUAGAAGGUUCAUGUUCCUUGGUGAAAGGGCAAGGUCCCCUCCUGCAGGACAUCUCCAUAAGGAUAAAAGACUGUGCAUCAGGGAGCAGGAAGACAAGAACAGGAAGAACCGUUUGGAAAUAUCUGAGGAUUCAAAGGCAGCUAACUUAUUAGCCAUGGGGAAGGGGGCAGAGAGCCAUAAAGAAAUGUAUAGCUCCCAAAAGGACUCCAGUGGGAAGCAGAAAAGCUCCUUCCACAGCAAGCCUGGACUCUUUAAGCCUUAUGCAAGGUCUCAUUCGGUGGAGCAGUCAGUGGAGCAGAGUCUGAAGAAGAAAGUAAAAGCUUCUGUUGCCCACAUUUCAAGAAUCCUAAAAGGAAAGACAUCUCCUGAGCCAGAGGAAGCAGAAUUUGGUGAGCUGGGAAGUGAGGCAGCAGAAAAGGAGCUGUUAAUAGGGGCUGAGGGAUCUCUGAAGAGGAAAUCAGCACUCCCUUCAUUCAAGCUGCCAAGCCUCAUCCCAAAGGAGAAAGCCCCGUCAUUCACUGAGGAGCUCACGGACCAGGCUGCGGCCGCCGGACAGUGCGUGACGCUCUCGUGCCGGACUGCACCUCACUCCUCCCUGCACAUCAGCUGGUUCAGAGAUGGGAGACCUGUCCAGAGCAGCAGCCGGAUCCUCAUCUCAUCCACACUCAAACACUUCCAGCUGUUAACAAUUCUCUCUGUUAAUGCUGAAGAUUUUGGUAUUUACACCUGUGUGGCCACAAACUCUCUGGGCUCAGCAUCCACCUCUUGUGUCAUAAGAAAAGCAGAGGUUCCCCCCAGCCCUCCACCCCCUGACAUCGUGGAGGUCUACAAGGAUGGAGUGCAGGUGGUUUGGAAACCUGUGGAAACCAACACCCCUGUCCACUACACUGUCCAGUGCAAGACUGAAGAUGGGGAGUGGACAACUCUUGCUUCUGACAUCACUGACUGCUGCUACUAUGCCAGAAAUCUCCCCCAGGGCUUUAUCUACAGCUUCAGGACAGCCUGCAGCACCAAGGCAGGGAUGGGCCCCUACAGUGACCCCUCUGCCAAAGUGGCAAUCACUGCCAAGGAUCAGAUGGAGCCUCGUGCUGCCCCACAGGAAUCCCCAUCAGCUGCCCCUGAGGAAGAGAGUGAAGUGAUCUCACCUCCUGAGCCCUUCCCAACCUACCAGACCUACGCCUUCCACACUGAGAUCAAAAGGGGCCGGUUCAGCAUCGUCCGGCAGUGCCGGGAGAAGGUGAGCGGCAAGACUCUGGCUGCUAAAAUCAUCCCUUACUGGCAAGAGGACAAGCAGGCUGUGCUGCUGGAGUACCAGGUGCUCAGGAAGCUCCACCACACCAACAUAGCCCAGCUGAAGGGUGCCUAUGUCAGCCCCAGGCACCUGGUGCUGAUCCAGGAGAUGUGUGUGGGGCCAGAGCUGCUCCACUCCUUGGCCUUACGGACAUCAUACUCAGAGGUGGAGGUCCGAGACUACCUGUGGCAGAUCCUCAGUGCCACUGAGUACCUCCAUGCACACAACAUCCUGCACCUGGACCUCAGGUCUGAGAACAUGAUCAUCACUGAGCCCAACCUGCUGAAGCUCCUGGAUUUUGGCAAUGCACAGUUCUACACACCAGACAAAUUUAUUACCAUGGAUAAAUGCUCAGACUAUGUGGAGACCAUGGCUCCAGAACUGCUGACAGAGCAAGGAGCCCUUCCCCAGACUGAUAUUUGGUCCAUUGGAAUUACAGCCUUCAUCAUGUUGAGUGCCAACUACCCCAUCAGCACGGAUGUACCCUGUGAGUUCCUGAGAACAGCCAGGAAGGGGAAGCUGAAGCUGGCGCGGUGCUACGCGGGUCUGUCCGGGGGAGCAGUGUCCUUCCUGCAGAGCACUCUGUGUGCAAACCCUUGGGGAAGGCCCUCAGCCUCCGAGUGCCUCCAGAGCCCCUGGCUGCAGGAGACAGGUCUGGACAACAGGCAGCAGGCACUGGUCACCUUCCCCACCACCAAACUGAGGAACUUCCUCAUGGAACGGGAAAAGAAGAGAGGCCUGCUGUGCUCCAAGUAUGGCCUCAUGAUUGCACAGUGA